AUGGCUUCCUCUCCAUUCUGGAUUGAAACCGAAGACUGGCAUACCGCCGGGGAACCUUUCCGUGUCGUUAAAACGCUUCCGAAUGGCUACCUUCCCGAGUCUUCGACCGUUGCCCAGCGUCGUUUCGAUAUAAUAGCAGAUCCUCAGCAUCCACUCGAUCAGCUUCGUCAGUCGUUAUGUCACGAACCUCGCGGUCACGCCGAUAUGUAUGGCGGCUUUAUCACGCCGCCUGAUGAUGCUGGAGCUGCUUUUGGAGUGCUCUUUUGGCAUAAAGACGGCUUCUCCACAGCUUGUGGUCAUGGAACGAUUGCGCUUGGAUAUUGGGCUGUCGCGAAUGGUAUCGUCAAGGUCCCAGAGUCUGGAGAGGCCAAGGUCGACGUUGUGAUCGAUGUUCCAUCCGGUCGAGUGGUGGCUAGCAUGAAUAUCGUCGACGGCAAAGCUGUUGGCGCCGACUUUAUCAACGUGACUAGCUAUCAGUUGGCCAAGUCAUUACCCGCUGCCGUGCCCUCACGAGGGACCGAGGUCAACGUCGAUUUGGCAUUUGGAGGAGCUGUCUAUGCUACUUUGGAUGCGGACCAACUUGGACUCAAGGUUGAGCCAAAGAAUGUCAACGAGUUUAUCAACAUUGGGCGAGAAAUCAAGGCGUCAUUGGGAACUCGAGCUCACUACGGAACAUAUGACUGCUACGGAGUCAUCUUUUUCAACGAGGAGGGCGAUGAGGAAGGAAUCGUGAGGCAGCGGAACGUUACAGUGUUUGCAGACGGCCAGAUCGACCGAUCGCCCUGUGGCUCUGGAUCAUGUGCUCGACUUGCAGUCUUAUUUGCGCAGGGGAGAGUGGCACCCGGAAAGGCGAAGCUGCUGCACCGGUCGAUCAUCGCGUCGCAGUUCCAGGCGGAAGUCUUGUCGGAGGAGAAGUCGCCCGUGGAGGGGUUCCCUGCUUGUAUUCCUCGUGUGACAGGUGAGGCGAAGUUGUGUGGGAGGAUGAGUUUCUAUAUCGAUCCUUCAGAAGACAUCUAUCCUGGGUUUCUUCUCCGAUAG